UCCGUUGUUUAUAUUUCUUUGGAAAAAAUACAAAGUCAUAAAAUUACAGCUGCGCAAUUGGCAGAAAUUCUGCUAUACUAUCAGAGCAUACCCAAGAGGGAAACCAUUUGCCUGGGAUUCCUGUUAAUAGUUGAUGGCCGGCAAGUUGGUCCAGAUGAAUGGUUCGUUUUAUACAAGGCACUUGCUUGCGUAGAGGAAUGUGUUCCUGGUACUGUUAGUUUGGUUCUUGUUUUGCACCGGCAAAACCAGAAAUCAAACUUCCUCUCCUCAAAGUUCCCAAUUUUUCAUAUUAAAUUCGAGCCUAUUGUAAAUGAUAACCAGUUAUUAAAGUAUGUAGCAAAAGAGCAACUAUUACCUCACUUUGGAGGGAAUUUUGAACACAAUCACGAUGCAUGGAUUAGUUUUCAUGAGUUGUUGGACCCUUUUAUCAUAAGUUGCCAACAGAUGGGAUGUAGAUUGGUUAAACUAAUUCAAGAUUUGCGUUGUGAGCAGUCCCCUUCCGUACUCAGCAAUCAAGUGAUCGAACAGCAGAAGAAACAGAUCAUGGAAGUUUUGGAAAAUGAUCAGCUUCGAUAUUUGGAAGCAGAAGGUGCCAAAUUUCUGCAGCAGUUGGAGAAAUACAAAGCAAAAUUUGCCAGCAAUCUUGAUUAUGAGGAAGCUGUUGAGAAAAGCAAAACAUUGUACAGACAAUUGAAAAAAGUUGUUCAGAGAUUAGCAAGGUUAGCUGAUAAAAGACUUAACAAAUUGCAAGAACAUAUGAUGAUGAAAGUUUUUGAAGAAGAAUCUACACAGGUGCUGGGCUGGCUGCGGAGGAAGGGAGAGGAGACAUUGAAGAAACAUAGAACAUUGGCCGAAACUCUCAAUGCCAUUCGAGAACAGGAGAAUGAAUUUGAAAAAUUCUAUUUCUUGGCAAUGCAACAAAUUGAACGUGGAAAUGAUCUGCUGGAAGAAAUACCUAAAUCAAGAGUAUGCGAUGGUGAGAAUGGUAUGAGUGCCAACUUGAAACGGCAGCUCGAUGAUUUCACUGAUCGGUUAGAAGAUGCACGGGAGAAGUUAGAAGAUACAAGCCGUUGCUACCUUCUGCUUGAUAAGGUGUAUGAGUGGGCCCUGGAAACGAUGAGGUACGUUUCACUCAUGAAGGCAAACUCCUGCACUUCAGUGCACGCUCUGUCUGCCAUAAUGAAGAGGCUGGAUUCAUAUCUUCAAGCCCAUCCUUACAUUGAGGAUGCAGUCUUUGAGGAGAUGACGCAGCUCGCUACCAAGCUCAGUAAUAACAGACUUCUGAACCAGUGCCAGACUGCUAAAGCUAAAUAUCAAGAAACCGUGAAUCUUGUGCAGGCACGUUGUGAAACUUUGCAAAGAGCUAAAGCACAAUUGACGUGCAAUGAACGAAUAAACUUAAAUGAAAGUAUUGAUGAUUUAAAGACUAAACCUUGCCUCUGGAAUCCCAGCACCCCGUACCGAGCCACAUCUCAAACAUUUCUGAAUGGCUUAAAUUCCUUGAGUGGAGCUCUCAACCUACAACGUGAGCCAGUGGGGUCUUACACAUCCUUUCCGAGCAGCUAUUAUCCGACCACGGGAUACAAAGACAGAUUACUGAAUCAGAGGAAAAAUCGAGCGGACUAUUUCAUGAAACGCGGCUCGUUGACGGACGAUGCUGUCAUAAGUCGAUUUGCAGCAAUGAACAAUUCGGAUUCUUCCUCGGAUGUGCUGAGAGGAAGAAAAUCAUAUCCUUUCACUAGUGACAGCAUGAGUAAUCUUAAUGUUGACAGUGGCAAUCCUAUUAGUGCCAUAACGAAGGAAUUUGAAGCUUUGAAGCUGCCUAAUUCUAAAAGACUCUCUGGUAAAUCUCGUUUUGAAGAUGACCGCAACUGGAAAAUGUGUGAAGAUGAACUUAAGAGGUUUAUCGAAGAAGUUAAAGAACAAAAUGUUUUGCUUGAGCAACAGCCAGUGCCAGCUGCUUCUGAUUCUGUUAGUGUACGAAACAGGAGCUUUGGAGAAAACAGACCAAUUAGUGCAACUUACACUCCUCCCAGCUCCACUUCAUCAAAUCCAGAAGCAUUUCAAAGGCCAGCUCCUGUGAAUUCCCACUUGACUCGAUGUGCUUCUUGUUCUGAUUUCGAGGACUUGAUUUUAAACAAGAAUUCUGAAGUGGAUUCGUCAAAAUUAAAAGUCAACAGUCGAACUCUGAAGUUGGUUAUGAUGGAAAUGAUUCAGACAGAAAGAGAUUAUGUCAAAUCUCUUGGCUACAUAAUUGAGAACUAUGUACCUUUGUUGCAAAACAGUAAUAUAAAUCAAACUCUGAGGUCACAGAGGAAUGUUUUGUUUGGGAACAUUGAAAAGAUAUAUGAAUUUCACAACUGUUAUUUUCUGGAAGAAUUGGAACAGUGUGAAUCUGCUCCACAUUCUGUUGGACAAUGCUUCCUAAAAUAUGAAAAGCAGUUUUAUUUAUAUGCCUUGUAUAAUAAAAACAAGCCCAAAUCAGACAGUUUGAUGGCAGAAUAUGGAAACAGUUUCUUCAAAAAAAAGCAGCAUGAACUUGGAGACAAAAUGGAUUUGGCUAGCUAUUUAUUAAAGCCUGUACAAAGAAUGGGAAAGUAUGCGCUGCUUCUGAAGCAGCUGUUGAAAGAAUGUCCUGAUACCAGCAGUGAACAUUAUGCAAAUUUAAAAGCUGCUGAAGAGAUGGUGUGUUUCCAGCUUCGUCAUGGAAACGACUUGCUGGCGAUGGACGCUCUUAAAGAUUGUGAUGUAAAUAUUAAGGAGCAGGGUCGUUUAUUGAGGCAAGAAGAAUUCUUGGUUUGGCAAGGGAAAUCCAAAAAAGCCCUGCGCCAUGUUUUCUUAUUUGAAGAUCUCAUUCUGUUUAGCAAAGCAAGGAGAGACCCUGAAUGCAAGGGACAUGACUACUAUCAAUAUAAAUACAGCAUAAAGACCUCCGACUUGGGCCUGACUGCCCAAGUGGGUGAGAGUCCUACAAAGUUUGAGAUCUGGUUCCGCAAGUGCAAGGCACAGGAUCUGUACGUCCUCCAGGCUCCUUCCGCAGAGGUGAAGAACGCCUGGGUGGAGGAGGUCACCAGCUUACUAUGGAAGCAAGCUGAAAGGAACCGCAAGCUGAGAUUGCAAGAAAUGUGUUCUAUGGGUAUUGGGAAUAAGCCUUGCCUCGAUAUAACGCCAAGCCAUGAUCAAAUUUGUGAUCGCUCCAUUAGUCUUCAACAACUAAAUAAAGUGCCUCGUUUUCGUAACUCCAUAGCCGUUUGCAAUUCAGAUAACUUCAACAACAACGACCCUAGACACAGCAAUGAGCCCAGACGACGUCCCCUGUCCAUUGUUUCUCUGGGAGGAUCCUCUUCCUCUGGAGAUGGCCAUGGAACGGCCACCUUCUACGACACGGCAGAUGCCCUCUUGGAGGUGGAAGAAACUGAGACUGCCAAGAGGAGGUCCAUGGCACAGCAAUCUCAAUGUUCUGCAGAGAGUGGCAUCUUCACCGAUCUGAGCACCUCCGGAGACAGUUAUGUAGAAAAUGUACAAAGGCUGAAAAUGGUGGAGCGCAGUGAUAGUGUCAUAUCUCGCACAUCAUAUGCCAGUGUUGAAGCUGUCCACACUGAUGCAAAACAGACUGAGAUCUCAACUGUAAUUUCAUCAUCCCCUGGAGUGGAAGUAUAAAUAACAUAAAUUGCAUCUUCUGAAGAACAUUAAUCCUUAACAAGAACGUGCCAUAUCUCCAGCCGAAAUUCUGUGACAACAGCUUUUGAAACACAACAUUUUGUAUAUACUUAGUGUGUCAGCAGCUUGAAUCUAUUGCGCUGUACCGAUGAAUUUGCUAUUGGGUGCAAGUUUGUGCCUAUGCUAUUGCAGUUGUAAAAAAAAAUCUAUAUUUAUGCAUUUUAUGUAUUGUAACAAUUUUUAUUUUUGUAAUUAUACAGCUUUCAUUUUUGAUAUGCAUUUUUGUGGAUAAUGUUUUGCAGUUUUAGCUGCUGUUGUAUGUUU